CAAAACAAAAUAUUUUAAUUUAAUUUUUAGCAAAACAACAAACAGUUCUCAACAAAACUUUCAAAGAGGUGGAUGUGCCAGAUACAGUGAAAUGCGGCUGAAAUUCAAACUAUGGACAGGUUUUAUAACCCUGCUUAUCUGCUUAGAGCUGAGCCCUAACACCCAAGCUGCUGACACCUGUUCGGCCAAUAACCCCGAAGCCCGACAAUUUUUCGAACGACAAAAUGAAUUGUUGAGACAACGUAAACGUGUCGAAUUUUUGUCAGCCUAUGAGUACAAUACAAAUGUUACGGAGCACAAUCGUCUUGAAAUGAUCGCUGUAUCAGCAAAAAAUGCCCUAGAUAAUAAGAAAUUAUCUGAGGCUAUACGUAAUUUACGCUAUGACCACUUAGAUGAUCCCUGCAUACAAAGACAGGCGAAAAUUUUAGCUGAUCCUGGUUUUGAUAUCUUGGGCGAGGAAGAUUUCCUGGCCCUACAGAAUGCCAUCAGUAGCAUGCAAUCGAAUUAUGCCAGCACUAAAGUUUGUUCUUACACAGAUCCUAAAGAUUGUUCUUUGUCAUUGGAACCUCAUAUACAGGAGCGUUUGUCGAACAGUCGUGAUGCCAAAGAAUUGGCUCACUAUUGGCGUGAGUGGCACGAUAAGGCUGGAACACCGAUGAAGGAGAAUUUUGCUAAAUAUGUGGAAUUAAGUGAAAAGGCUGCGAAAAUGAAUAACUUUACCUCCUACGCCGACUACUGGAUCCAUUUCUAUGAAGACGCCGAUUUCGAAAAACAUUUAGAUGAAGUUUUCCAAGCCAUUCUACCGCUCUAUCGUGAAAUUCAUGGCUAUGUACGUCAUCGUUUGUCUCAGCAUUAUGGCUCUGAUGUUGUGCCCGAAAAGGGCAAUAUACCCAUUCAUUUGUUGGGAAACAUGUGGGCUCAAAAUUGGGAUGAAGUCAUUGAACUGCUCAAGCCCUAUCCCAACAUAUCGUUUGUGGAUGUAACGGCCGAAAUGAAAAAGCAAGACUUUACGGUGAAGAAAAUGUUUGAAUUGGGUGAUGAGUUUUUCAAGUCCUUGGGUAUGCGUGCUCUGCCGGCUACAUUUUGGAAUUUAAGUAUUUUAGAGAAGCCAGAGGAUCGUACAAUUGUGUGUCAUGCUUCGGCCUGGGAUUUGUUUGAGAACAGUGAUGUACGCAUUAAAAUGUGCACUGAGGUGGACACUCAUUACUUGUAUGUGGUGCAUCAUGAAUUGGGUCAUAUACAAUACUAUUUGUUAUAUGAAGAUCAGCCGACACCAUUUAGAGGAGCACCAAAUCCCGGUUUUCAUGAGGCUGUGGGAGAUGUUAUCGCUUUGUCGGUGUCUUCUACAAGACAUUUGCAUGCUAUAGGUUUGUCUGCCGUGGCAGAAUUGGAUGAUGAAAGUCGCAUAAAUGAGUUGUUUAAGAUGGCUUUGAAGAAAAUAGUUUUCCUGCCCUUUGCCUAUACCAUGGAUAAAUAUCGUUAUGCUGUGUUUAGAAAUGAAAUCGAUAAAUCCGCCUGGAAUUGUGCUUUCUGGCAAAUGAGAUCUGAGUAUUCGGGUAUUGAGCCACCAGUAGCCAGAACUGAUAAAGAUUUUGAUCCCCCUGCCAAGUAUCAUAUUGAUGCUGAUGUUGAAUAUUUGCGGUAUUUUGCUGCUCAUAUAUUCCAAUUUCAAUUCCAUAAGGCCAUGUGCUCUAAGGCGGGACAAUAUGUUAAGGGCGAUAAUCACAAGACUUUGGAUAAUUGUGAUAUCUAUAAGAGCAAGGAAGCAGGAGAGGCUUUCAGACACUUCCUUAUGGCCGGUGCCAGCCGCCACUGGACCGAGGUCUUAAAUGAAUUUACGGGAGACAAAAAAAUGGAUCCUUCUGCUUUGUUGGAAUAUUUUGAGCCGUUGCGUGAAUGGCUUAAGGAAGAGAAUCGCAAACAAAGAGUAUUUAUUGGCUGGGGCAUGACAGAAAAAGUGCCUCAUUCCUGUUCGACUCCAUUAAGCACCUGAAUUAAAAGUUAUUUAAAACAGAAUCUCAUAAAUAUUUUGUGAACUUAAAAAACCUGCUACAUUUUGGGGGUGUAAUUAUUUUAAUUGAAUGAAAUUAUUAAUGAAAUUGUUUUAUAAAAUACUCGUAAACUUACAAACCGGUUUCGUUACAAAAGAAAUUAAAUCAGAAUAAAAAUGUUUCUUAAGAAAAAUGUAAUUAAAUUGUAAGUAUGUACUUGAAUUUGAUGCCAGACAAUUUAUUCUUUAUUAACUGAACUGACCUUUAAAAGAAAAUAUCAAAAAAAAAUUUAAUAAUCCAGAUAAAAGCAUUUGAAUCAUAUUAAUAAAAA